GUCUUGCAACGUUUGACUCGAGAACUCCUUGCCUGGAGACAGUUGGACCAUCGAAGAGUCACCAAGCUGCUUGGGUUGGCUAAAGAUCCGACUUAUCCCCGUCUGCCAUAUAUUAUCUCUACAUGGAUGCCUAACGGCACUGUCCUGGGGUAUUUGAGACGAGGACCACAGGAAAGGACGCAAAGGUUACGACUACUCGCUGAGAUAGCUGAAGGCGUCGCGUAUCUUCAUAGUUGUCGGAUCACUCAUGGAAAUCUAAAAGCUGCGAAAGUGCUUAUUGACGCUGAAUGUCAUGCGCGCAUAACGGGGUUCGGGAUGGCAACGUUCUUCGGCGACACCCUUCAUGAAGAUGCCACAGGGUCUCCGCGUUGGAUGGCACCGGAGCUCAUUAGUAUAGAAACCACGGAGGCCAGCGGCAGAAGCCCCGCAACGGACAUAUACGCUUUGGCUUGCAUAGCAUAUGAGAUGUAUUCUAUGCGUAUUCCCUUCGAGGACGUUCGACAAGAUUUCGCGGUCAUCGUUUGCAUCAUGCAAGGCCAGCGUCCGUCAAGGGACAUCGACAUCCAUGGGGGCGGUGAACCGAUCCCAGACGUCCUUUGGGAUAAGAUGCAGUUGUGGUGGGCGCAAGACCCUGCUCAUCGUCCGGACGCUGCUCAAAUCAUGCAAGAACUGGCAAAUUUAUCAAUCUGA